AGCGCGCGAGUUCGGUUCGGUUUGGUUGGACGUGGCGAAAGAGAUCCCUUUUUGAUCCCUUCUCCUGUUUGGAGGCGCAGAAGGACACCCGCACGGUGUUGUCUAUCGCAGUCCAUUUUAGCGGAACGGGCACCAAAGGAUUACAUAUUGAUUCGCAAGCUAAUGGGAUGUGAUUGUUGUGACCAAGAUAUGAAAUAAGUGUAUCGCUUAAGGUUGUUUCGUUGGAUAUGUAAACAACCGUGCCCACUGGCACAGCAGGUUCAAGUUCAUAUCUAAGAUUAGUGUCAAUUAUCCUCAAUUGAAGUACAAACGGGGUUCUUCGGGUUAGAAGAAUCUUGAUAAUUUGUGUGCUUUUCAGUGAUAUUACUGGUGAAAAUGUCCGACCUACCACUGAACAACUCAAUGCUGGACUUCUUGGCAGGACCGGAAGAUUCGAACGACAGUGUCAGCCUCCUAACGGAUUCCGGCUUCGGAAACCUCACCACAGCAGUGCCUCAAGCGAGACCCUGUCACCUCAUAAUCGGCCUGUCCUACCUUUUUGGUUGCGCAGGAAGUUUGAUUGCACUGAUAUAUCUCUGGCAGAGGAAGAACGUGCGGAACACCAAACAUUCCCUAAUGUUAAAAUGUUUACUCACCAACGACCUCAUCGGAUUAACUGGCAUGUUUGUCCAGAUGUACUUGCAGAUCUAUCUGCCGAAUCAGCUCAUCAAAGAGAAUAUGCACAAUUUCUGCAUCUUCCGUGUAAUUUGGCGCGUGUUUGGUAUCAGCUCCGGCUGUGUCGCAUUCGUCAUGGCGCUCGAGCGGUACAUUGCCCUCACGAAGCCGUUUUUCUAUCACAAGCAUGUGUCUGACAAAAUGAUUAAGAGAUCGAUUUUCCUACUUUGGGCAAUUGGGGCGUUCUUCACGUUCCUCCCGCUGUUCGGCUUCGGAAUCUACUAUGACGAGAGAGAGCAAGUCUGCAUCAGAUACCGAGAAGCCACGGAAUUGACGGACGUCGCCUACGCCUAUCUGUUCUUCGCCGUGGGUAUUAUUCUCUGUAUCGGCAUCGUCAUCUGUAAUCUCAGUGUUCGAAAGGUCCUGUAUCAGUCGCACCACAAAAUGCGGCGCCAGUUCCGCUCAAUCCAACCGACCCCCAUGCUGGAACGGUCAUCAACACGUAUAUCACAAAAAUCGGCCAGCUUCACCGAUUCAUCCAUCUUCCGCAUGGUGGGAGAACCUACGACGGAGGAAAUUCGAUUCGCCAAACUUAUGACCUUCCUGAGUAUCAGUUUCUUAGCCUGCUGGCUUCCCCAGAUGGUAUCGAUUCUGCUGGCCCAGCUGUUGGAAGAGAAAUUACAGGCCCGGUUCACUUGGUUCUUCCGCCUCUCGGACAUCCUGAUUCUGCUACACUUUAUGCUGGACCCGUACAUCUACGUGCUGUUGAGGCAAAGUGGUCGGAGCGACCUGCGGACCAUGAUCCGGUACGUGUUCAGUCGGAGUCAGUUCAACAUCGUGGAAACGGCCCUCAGUCCCAUACAGAAAACGACCAACUCGUCGCCCCUGCCCUAAUCCAACCAAAUGGCACUAAUCAAAAAUAAACCCCAAACCGAAACCCAAAGUCAAGAACGCUUGUUUUACCCUUUGUCUCCCCUAUCCUAGGUUGGCGUGGCCGACGCGCAAAGCCCCCGCGAAGGAGAAAGGACGGGACACGGUGACUACGACGGACACGAGUGAUUGAGUAGAAAGGAUGCCUUCCCCGGGGUUGUAUUCCUUGUGUAAUUAUUACUUUCUGGAAUGAUCCGUGAGAGAGGGACUUUCGUGUGUGGUAGAUUUUGAUACUCUCGUAUACACUCCACAAAAUGUUUGCUUUGGUCAAAGUUCAAGCUGUGCGUGGAGCCCAAAACAAAACUGUAUUUUUGAAUGUGAUCGAAUCGUUGUUAGACAACGACUAUCAAGUUAUAGAAUAAAAAGGCAUUUUAUUAUUGA